GUUGCUGUUGUUAUUGCUGCUGUUGUGUGUGUGUGUGUCGGCAAGUGUUAUAAAGACAUGCUUAUGCGCCCAAUAUUCGAUAGAGGCUGUCCAUCUGAGCGCUGACCAAAACCAGAGCACUUGAAAUAAGAAAAACAAAGAACAAAAAAAGAGAAUGCAUCUACCAACCGAUUUGGACGACAACAAGACGUCGCAGUCCAAUCAAGAGGCAAUGGAGGGGGACUCUGAGACAAGCGCGUUGGCGUUGGCGUCCCAAUCCCAUACACGGCGCGGUGAUGUGCGUGAGUUCCACGAGCAGAUUAUUUGUCGCAUUUGCCAGGGCUACAUGAUAGACCCCACAACUGUGGACUACUGCUACCACACAUAUUGCCGGAGCUGCAUUCUGAAGCAUCUACUGCGCGACGUCUAUUGUCCGCAAUGCAAACCAAGUGGCAAGCAGAUAAACGAGUUCAACCUUAAGUCCGACGACACGUUGCGCGCUUUCAUCUUCAAACUGGUGCCGGGUCUGUAUCAGCGCGAGUCUAAGCGCUUGGCCGAGUUUGUGGAGCAGCAUGUGGAUCUGGACACGGAGGAGAUACAGAAGCAGAAGCAAGAGUUCUUUACGCCAGCAGAGCCUAUUAGCUUAUCUUUAGAAUAUCAUCCCGCCAUGCUAAGAAAUUGUGCUGCGGGUGAAAUCCCGCCCGUAUGUUAUCUUCAAUGUCCCGCUGGCCUUACGGUGCAUCAUCUGAAACGGUUUCUCUGUUCGAAAUAUGAUAUUGAUCCGGACAACAAGCAAAUCGAAGUCGAGGUCACAUAUGAGGAUGAAGUGCUGCCACAGCACUUUACGCUCAUGGACGUUGGCUACUGUUACAAAUGGAGUCGGCACGCGCCAAUGGCUUUUCGCUAUAGAGUCUUGUUGUAUGACAGCGUGACGGCAAAAAACGAUGAAAACAAUUUAUCGAAAGUUAAUCAGGCUAUUGAGUUAAGCCACACUGGGGGUCGCACUCUAGCCGCCACCACCACCAUCAGCAGCAUUACCACCACCACCACCACUGGCAAGAACAACGACAACAAAGUGAAUUCAACAGCCGCCACAGCAACCACAAGUCCACACACAACCAAGUCUGUCACAUUCGCCGAUGACGUGGUGGAGACACAGCCGUCACGUUCCACCAGCAAUAAUAACAACAACAACAACAACAAAACGCGCAGCAAGUCGACAGCCAAGGCGGCCAAGGAUAAUGGACUGGCCAAGGGCAAGAAGUCGUCGCCCACGGCAGUGGCCAACAAGCGCGAAACGGACGAAGGCGCCCAAACUCUGAGCAAUUUCAAGAGCUUGCGCAGCAAUGACAUGCGCUAUAGUGACUAUAGUUCGGUGAACGCGACAACUGCAGGAGCUGCGACUACAGCAACAACAACAACAAACACAAUGUCUGCGUCCACGCCCACGCCUACGCCUACGCCCGCACGUCCAGCGCCUCCGCCUGCGCUGGUGAAGGUCAAGAGUGAGCCGCAAGAGCCACAAUCGAACAUUGGUACGGCAAAUAUUUUGGUAAGCAUACCACAAUCGCAGCUGAGCAAGUCCGGCACCUAUCCCGACGAUGGGGUCUUCGAGCUAAAGACCGCCAACAAGAAAUCGCCCAAUGCGACGGCCAAGAAUAUGCUAAGACUUAAGAUCGAAUUGAAUAGUAUGAAAACGAAGCUUUCAAUGCCAAAGUCGGCCGAUGCCCGACUCGAGGACAGGGAAACGCCAGCCGUGGAGCUGGACCUGAAGACCUAUGCCAAGAACAUUGGGCUGCAGCCCAAGGAGCCAACAUUGCCGGUAACGAGCGAAACAAAAUACAGUCCCAGUGCUUCGCCCAUGUCCUCGUGCUCCUCCUCCACCACUGGCUCCUCAUCCAAUGGUCUCUUAACGCUCGGUGCAGCCACAGUUGAUGCCAGCACCUCGACCUCCUCAUCUUCUUCGUCACAUCGCAAGCGUAAGAAGAAGCAUUCCAAAGAGCCGAAGGACUCGAAUGGCAAGCGGAAGAAGUUGCAUGCGGAAAUCUCCUCCCAAACGGAUGGCAAAAUGAAAAUGAAAAUCACCACCACCCACAACCACAAGGCGCACAAGCUGGACUUGAAGCGCUCCCAUUCCGUAUCCGGUGGCGAGAUGCCCGCCCUGCAAUCGAUGGUCUCGCUUAAUAAACUUAAGCUGGAGGAAACGGAAAACGACAGCAUGAAUGCCUUAAACAAAACUCUGGGCGAGGAGUCGCGCAGCAUUAACAACUUAAUGCCCUGCCUUGAGGUGGCCGCAACCGCCGAGGCGAAUGCGGCGGCCAAGCCACAGCAGAAUAAUGUGAAAGAGCCAGGUUUGCCGUCGUCGCCACCGCUGCCACCCAGUUUGUUUAAGGCCUUUAUACCCAGCGGCACAGGAACUGCUGGUGGUGCAGCAGCAGCAGCAGCAACAACAGCACCAUCUACGGCAGCAAAUGUGUCGCCACCCAGCGUAGCCAAAUCCAAGCCCAGUGAGCCGCCACAGCGUGUGCAGAUGCCACCGUCUAAGCCAGCCUCGCCCAAACCUCUCUUACGCAAGCCCACACCACCACCACCGGCGCCACAAUCGACUGUUAAGUGUGCACCCGCACCGCAUUUUGUGGUGCCAUUACCACCGACCCGACAGGCGCCACACAUGCAACACAUGCAACGCUACCUCUCCACCCCUACCUCCAUUGCCAGCUCAGCGAAUAAGCAGCCCAAACGCUCCUUAUCUCUGGAUGAGACCCAUCCGUCGAUGGCCAAGCAGCCCCGCCUCGACUAUCAACAGCAAGCGGCCAAGUACUUGGCCAGUAUUCAGGCGAACAGAACGGCAACUGUCAAUGCACCACACGCCUAUGCACCACCCAUGCGUCUCUAUGGGCCCGAACUGGCCAAACAGCAACCACAACAGCAGCCGCUGCCACAGCUCUGUCCGACCUCGUUGAGUCUGGUGAUGCCAUCCACACCCAUGGCCGGUGGUGGAGUGACCAUAACGCAGCGUCCGCGGGCCUAUCAACAGGCCCACAUACAGGGUCUCCAUCAGCCCUACGUGGAGGCUGCUUCCCUCAACCAUAAGCCCGCUUUGGAAAUUGUUCGCAUAUCGCCCAACAUCAACAACAACAACAAUAACAACAAUAACAACAAGAUGGGUGGUGGGCCCACAAAGCUGAGUAUGCCACCACUUAGUCCGCCUAGUGGCAACCGCCUAAUGGGACCACCAGCAGCCUUGCCAAAAAGCAAACGUGUCGCGCAGCCGCAGUCCCCACCAAUGCCCACAAUUGUCAAGUCACCACCGCUGUCCACGGCACAGAGCCCACAACGCGGCUACCACAGCCACACUCAAAACCAGAGCCAGAGCCAGAACCAGAGCCAAAGCCAGACUCAGAAUCAGAAUCAGAGUCCGAGUGCUUAUCGGACAUCUCCGCCUGCAUUAAUAAAUCUGCGCAACACCGUUCCACUUGCGUUUCAAUCAAAGUCAAGCGCGGCAAGCUCGGCCAGCACGGCUGCUGCCCCAAAGGCCGAUGCCAGCAAUUCAAAGAAACCCGCUGGUGUGGCAGCAACCACUGCAGCAGCCGCUGCCAGUCAAACCAAAGCCAAUGGCACGGCUGCAGCGUCGGACAGCCAGCAGUCGAAAACAAGUUUGCGCGAUUUUCGCCCAACAACAGUAUCUCCAACAACAACAACAACAACAGCAGCAGCAGCAGAAGCAACAGAAACAACAACAACAGCAGCGGCAACAAGCACGAAUGCUAAGGAUGCCGACAUACUUGAUUUAUCAGCGGGGCCAGCUCGCAAUGCCAGUACGACGCCAAAGCAGGCACAGACACAGCCACAGCCACAACCACAGGCGGCGGGCACCAAAUCGGCCCUGACUCCAACAUCGCCCAGUGCGGUGGCUCCAAUGCUAACGCCAAGCACGCCGCCAGUGGGCAACAGCUUGGAGGCAGCGCUCAACAAAAUCAAGCAGAACAUAUCAGCCAACAGCAAUGGAGGUAAUAGCACCACUGCAGCCACCGCGAAUGCCGCCAGUGCGGCGAGUGGUGCGACCGGAGGCAGUGGUGACGAUCUGCAAAAUUUGCAUAUGCUCUCCGAGUCGGCAACGGCGCGCGAGAAGAUCUCGAUAAAGGCCAACAUCUUCGAUAAUAAGCCAAAGAACACGCUGGUACGCCAGCAGAAUGCAUCGGUCCGUAACAUCCCCAAUCCCUCGGCCCUGGCCUUCCGCAAUCAGAACCAGAGUCUGAGCCAGAGUCAGAGUCAGGCGACAACAGUUAGCGCUGCGACAGCGUUGACGACCAGCGCCAAAACCAUUUCGGUGGCCAGCAGCAUUAGUUCCUUGAAAGCGACCACUCCCAGCGAGGAUAAGUCCAAGCUCGUCCCCACUGUCAAGCUUCUGAGUCCCACAAAUAGCUCCGGCUCUGGAGCCGCCACGGCUACUUCACCGCGUGCCAUUAAGAAGGCGACAACGAUCGAUCAGGUUGCCGCCAAUUUGAAUAUACGGGCCGAGGCCAAGGCAGCAGCUCGGGCCGAGGAGCUACCACUGGUGAGCUCCAGCUCCAGUCCGAAAGUCAGCAAAGAGGACCCGAACACCAAAUCAGCGGAGUCAGCAAAUGCGAGCAAAGCCAACAUUGCCACCGCUGCAGUCACUGGCAAAUCGGAUGCCAAGGAGAAUAGUUCCAGUGGUGCUACAAAGGCCGCAACCACCUCAAGCGGUGCAGUCCCGCUUCUGUCGGCCAGCAUUGUGACGAGUGUGGCCGAUUCUCUGCCCAAGCCCCCAGUACAAAUCGCCGCUACUGACACUCUGGCAUCGGUGGCGAGUUCAGCUUAGUCACAAGCGUUUCUUUGGAUGUGCGGCUCGCAAAUGUAUCUAGUGGCGCCGAUCGAAAGUUUUCAAAACAACAACAACAGCAAUGGCAAUGGCGAUGGCGGCGGCAGCGACAGCAUCAACUAAUAGAGACGAGCUCUAAAUUGCAACAGAGCGUGGCACAAAGAGGCAGCACGGGAAUCGUCAGUUUUCAAUUAGCACAGCAACAACAUACUCACUUAUAGUAUAUUUGUUGAUCACGUGAGCUAAGUAUGCUUCAUAAACACGAUUUUGUAGACGUGCGAAUAACAUACGCAUUCACUAGAUACAAAAAAAAAAACAACAAAUACAAACAAACAAACAAACACACAGACACAAGAGUAAACAUUCAAUUUAUAAGCCUUAAACUAACCGUAAAUACCUUCAUUAGAAAGCAAUACAU